CGGCGGUGGUGCCACUAGGAAAGCGCCAGAGAAGAGUAGGCCGCCAGGCCCUGGGAGGCGAGUACUGGGGCGGCUGAGGCCUCGACCAGGAGGGCGAGAGCACCUCUGAGCAUGUCCAGACCGCCCUCGGGAGGAGCAGUUCUUGCCUGAUAUUGAGGUACGUGAUUAAGGAAUAAGGUAAUUCGAAAAACACGCACCCUCCUUAAUUGAGAUGAGUGAAUUGAGCCUUCUGCAGAGUGGUGACUCAUCUGUGGCUCAACUUGAUGGGAUAAUACUAGAUCAUGAAAGUGAAGGUUUCCAGAAGAGAGGACAUAAAAUGAGAAUGCUUAGCUCUGAAGAAGCUGAAAAACUGGCCAAAGAUCAGGUCUUGGUAUCUGAUUUCAAGCAACAGAAGCUUGAGAAAGAAGCACAAAGGAAUUGGGACUUGUUUUACAAAAGGAACAGCACCAAUUUUUUCAAGGACAGGCACUGGACAACGAGAGAGUUUGAGGAAUUAAGAGCCUGCCGGGAAUUUGAAGAUCAGAAGCUGACGAUUCUUGAAGCAGGCUGUGGUGUUGGGAACUGUUUGUUUCCACUUUUAGAAGAGGAUUUGAAUAUCUUUGCUUAUGCCUGUGAUUUCUCUCCCCGAGCAGUGGAAUAUGUAAAGCAAAAUCCCUUGUAUGAUACCCAGAGAUGCAAAGUAUUCCAGUGUGAUCUUACCAAAGAUGACCUUCUGGAAAAUGUGCCACCAGACUCUGUAGACAUUGUAACAUUAAUAUUUGUUCUUUCUACUAUUCAUCCGGAGAAGAUGCAUUUAGUUUUGCGCAAUAUUUAUAAGGUGUUAAAACCAGGCAAAUGUGUCCUGUUUAGAGAUUAUGGUCUCUAUGAUCACGCAAUGCUGAGAUUUAAGUCUGCUAACAAGCUUAGUGAAAAUUUUUAUGUAAGACAAGAUGGAACCAGAUCAUACUUCUUCUCAGAUGACUUCUUGGCAGAACUUUUCCUAUCUGUGGGGUAUGAGCAAGUGGUGAAUGAAUAUGUGCUGCGAGAAACUGUGAACAAGAAGGAAGGCCUCUGCGUGCCAAGGGUUUUUCUCCAAAGUAAAUUUCUAAAGCCUCAAAGGGAAACAUGAUUUUUGAUGCAUUGUUGUCGUUGGUGGGGACAUUUGGACAUUAAAGAAAGGUUUUGUAUUAUGAAAAUGAGCCUGACCUUCUACAGACUCACAAAGUGUCUGCUCCUCCCGGGUUCUGCCAUGGGGAGAAGGAUCAGAAGUUUUUUCUCCUGUUUCAGGUUAACUACUCCUGUUGUUUGAACCCUAGUCUUAAUGGACACCAGAGUAGCUUCAUAAACAAUGGUUUCAAUUUGUAACCUUUCUGCUAAAUGUAGGUGACAUUAUCUGUAUUUGGAUGACAGAGCAAGUAGGAGUUGAUAUAAAACAGAAGCAAAAACUUCUAAAUUACUGCUUACAUCUAAUGCAGGCACACUUGAAAAAAGCUUAUUUGAAUCCCAUUUUGGGAGAAAGGUGGGAUAUAAAUCAAAUAAAUAAAUAAAUAAAUGAGA